AUGGACUGGGAAGUGGCGAAAUGGGCGAAAACACGGGGAACUGGAUCGACUGCUUUCAGCGACUUGCUUGCUGUUGACGGUGUAUACAAAGCAUUAGGACUUUCAUACUGUAAUAGUGCAGAGCUUAAUCAUAUUAUUGAUACGGAAAUCCCUGCUCGGAGGCCUGCAUUUACACGUAAAGAGGUUGUGAUCGGUGGAGAAGCCUUUGACUUAUAUAAACGACCUAUUGAGGACUGUAUACGCGCACUCUAUGGCUCCCCAGAUCAUGCGCGCUAUCUCUGUGUUUCUCCUGAACGACAUUACUCCGAUGCAAACAAGACUCAGAGGCUUUAUCAUGACAUGCACACCGGGAAGUGGUGGUGGAAUACUCAGGUCCAGCUCGAGCAAGAUAAACCUGGUGCUACUAUUGUUCCAGUCAUCAUUUCCAGUGACAAAACUCAAAUCACACUUUUUCGAAAUAAGUCUGCGUACCCUGUAUAUCUUACCAUCGGGAAUCUCCCUAAGGAAGUUCGACGAAAACCCUCACAGCAGGCCCAAAUUCUCCUCGCUUAUCUUCCUACCACCCGUCUACAGCACCUACCUACUAAGGCAGCCCGGAGGCGCGCUGUGUCGAAUCUCUUUCAUGCAUGCAUGGGGAGUAUCCUCGCACCUCUGAAAAGUGCAGGCAUUGACGGAAUUAUCAUGACCAGUGGUGACGGUGUCAGGCGGCGGUGUCACCCGAUCCUCGCUGCUUAUAUUGGAGAUUAUCCCGAACAGAUGCUUGUUUCAUGUGGGUACUAUGGACGCAGUCCAAUCUGCAUGGUGGCGAAGCAUGAGCUGGGAGAAUACCCUUGUACAGCAGAGUACCGUGAUGCAAUUCAAGCUAUCGAAGUGGCCCACUUAAUUGGUACAGAUGAAUGGGCUCAAAGUUGUGCGGCUGCCAACAUGAAACCUGUCCAACAUCCUUUUUGGGAAGAUCUUCCCUAUACCGACAUUUUCUGUUCCAUCACUCCCGACCUCCUUCACCAGCUAUACCAAGGGGUUAUGAAACACUUGAUUAAGUGGAUUACUGCUAUCGUUGGAGCGGGAGAAGUUGAUGCGCGAGUACGUCGAUUACCAGCAAAGCAUGGCAUGCGUCAUUUCCACAAGGGAAUCACAACACUUUCCCGUGUCAGUGGUACCGAACACAAGCAGAUGUGUAUGUUUCUUCUCAGCCUUGUCAUUGACGUGCCAAGGCUGGCGCCAGCAAAGUCCCGCAGAUUGAUCACAGCUACCCGUUCAUUACUGGAUUUCCUCUACAUGUCUAGCUUUCCCAUUCACAGUGACGAAUCUCUUACCUCUGUCGAUGCCGCUCUUGCUCUAUUUCAUGAGAAUAAAGAUAUUUUCAUUGAGCUUGGUGCCCGAGAGCACUUUAACAUCCCCAAAAUCCAUUUUCUAUGUCACUAUGUCCGCGCUUUCAAACUAUUUGGCACAUCGGACAACUAUAAUACAGAAGCAACAGAGCGUCUUCACAUUGACUUUGCAAAAGAUGCAUAUCGUGCUUCUAAUCGCAAGGACGAGUACUCACAGAUGACAAAAUGGUUGGAGAGGCGAGAGAAAGUCAAUCAUCAUGCGAGUUACAUUGCGUGGCAACAGUCACAGCCACAACUUGACAUUCCUUCUCCUACCACCAUCUCAGGUGUACGAUACGAUUUUCCAGGAUCUCAAAAAACGUUGCAUGACAUGCAGUGCCCACUUACACAACAUUUCGCCAAAUUUCCCACUGUGAAGACAGUAUCAAUCUCAAAACUUGAGGAAAGAAGCUUACUUGGUUAUGGCGCCACUCAGUUUGAGUAUGCUUUGAAACGGUUCAUUUCCCAAUUUCGCAAUCCCGAAUUUACUCCUGCUGAGGUCAACGAAAUGGCAUCAUUUCUUUCUCUUCCGUUUCGUGGUGUGCCAGUUUGGCAUAGGAUGAAAUUCCGAAACGAAGAUUUAUAUGGCAAGAAGACUCUUGAUGUUGUAUCUGCCCAUCCUCGUCGCCUCAAUGCUCAAGGCCAGGUCCGCCAGACGUCCCAAUUUGAUGCUGCUCUGAUCCGUGUUCAGAAGGAUGAUGACAAUGGCAAGUUUUUGCAAGGAUGUCAGAUAGGGCGUGUCCGGGCUAUUUUCUCCCUCCCAAAGCAACACUUGAACCGACUGUUUCCCGCAAAUGUGACUCCGCCUGUCCACCUUGCUUAUGUUGAAUGGUUCACUAAGUUCACGCAGAGGCCCGAACCAUACUCUCUUCUUUACCAUGUCAAGCCUCAAUUUUGUAGAGAUGGAUCACGAGCAGUUUCUGUAGUUCCGGUUGAUAUGAUCAAGCAGAGUGUUUGUUUGUAUCCUAGGUGGGGUGGAACAGCACCUCCGCAAUGGACACAUGAGUCAGUACUUGACCAGUGUCCCUCCUUUUAUCUGAGCCCAUUUACAGAUAUACAUAUGUACUUCAACCUGUCGUAG